UCCAGGUACUAGUAUUAAUAAUAAUGGAAUUUUAUUUGUGAAAUGUUUUGCACCUCACUGCAGUAAACCUUUAUAUAGAGACACAAAUUAAUGUCUUGCCAAUUUAGAUGUAGAAUAGAAUACAUAGAAUUUGCAUAUUUCAAGAUUUCUUUUUUUCCCCUUGUUUUGUUGUUGUGAACAACAUGUAUGAUUAUACAUUAUUGAUUUAAUGUAUGAUUAUCCUGUAUGGAGCUAAAUGGAGAAUAGAGGGAAAAAGAAAAUGGUAGUUUUAACCUGCAGGGGGCGACUUGAGGGCAUGUUGACAUGGGCGUUGAGUCUCAUCCCCCUCCCCUCUCCUCUCCUCUCCUCCCUGUUUUUUCCCCCGUGAUGCUGCAGACUGGAUGCUCUCCAUCACCAGUACCCGAGCUGGAUGUGUCCCUCCUCCCACUUGUCCUCCUCGCGGUCGAGCUCCACUCCUGCGGAUUACCUGGAUGUAAACGGAUAAGGACCCCAGAUGUCAUGAAGACCCGUCUUCUAAAUUAGGCAUGAUAUUCAACAUUGUGAUUGCUGGCGUACUUGGCUCCCGCUGUGCCACCACGACACUGACGGAAUGGCAGGGUGGUCUUUUUCGUAACUGAUGCCAUGAACGAUUGAUUUCUUGAAUGUGCUCUUGAGGGCGCCGUCAUCUCAGAACAGUUUCCAGAAUGUGCGAGCGUGGAGAGCCCACCCGUGGGGGGGGGUUAAGGAACAACAACCAGCAGGGUGGCGUGCCGGCUGACGGUGAUGCCAACGCUAAUGAUAUCCGGACAGAGGAUGGCGAGAGGAUGGGCGACACUGGCACUCCGUCAGGGCUGGAGACUGCAACAGCAGCCCACCACAAAAUCCUCAUCUGGGGCACAGACUCCCAGUGUGACGACCCCGAGCUGGCCGAGUUUGAGAGGCUGGAGUGUCAGGAGCUCGAGGCGUAUCUCGUUGAGGAUGGAGAGGACUUUGUCGGGCUUGCGGCCCGGACGGAGCUCCUUCAACACACUUCAUCGUGUACCAAAGCCACAGGAGAACAGGCAGUGGAUAGUAAGAGCAGGGAAGAGCGGAAGUCCUUUCUGCAUUGUGCCAACGAGCAGGAAUCCAGUGCCUCCCAUGUGUCUGAGAGCAGAGAGGCAUCCAGGACUGAGUUAAGCUCUGAAACUGAUGCAUUUGUGUCCUGUCUCUCCACCAUUUCAAACAUGGCCACUGCUCUGGACCCCGUUGGCAGGUCCCAGGCGACAGACUCCUGGCACAUUGCCCCCGGUCCUUACUCGACCACCUCAGAAGACCUGACUCCGGCUUCCCUGACUUGCACCACUGUGUCUGAGAGAGGCAAGGUUGACAAUCCACCCCUCUCCUCUAGGAAAAGCACAAUACACCAGAAGGACGUGGACAUUAACUUGAAUUCAACACUUCACUCCGAGGAUGUCGCUUUGAGGGAUCAAGUGAGUCAUGGAGCUGUUCCGUGUGAGGAUGCCGCUGAUGAGCACAGGAAGAACAAUAACCGGAGAAAUAAAUCUAGCAGCACAGUUUCAGAGGGAGACUGUGAUCAAGGGAGGAGUAAGCACAAGGCUUUGCCCACUACAAAAUCAUCACAGGAAGAAAGCAGCACUAGAAUGGAUAAAAGCACACAAGCUGAUGAGGCCCCUUAUGUGAAUUACAGCCCGACCAAAACAGGUUCAAAGGACAAUCCGUCACUGAUUCAGUCCAAAGCCAUAAAGAAACAAGGAUCAUUUGAUAACACAUUGAAAAAAACAAACUCUUUUGUCAAGACUUUAAAAAAGCAGCCCUCUUUUGAGAAUACUAUGAAGAAGCAGCUCUCCUUUGAUAACUCUUUAAAGAGGCAGGGCUCUUUUGAAAACGCCGGCACCUCAAGCUCUUCAAGUCUGGAGCGGAGGAAGCCGUGGGGAAGCCCCAGUCGACAAGCAACUCCUACUUCCUCGAAAUCGACCUCCUGCUCGCCCAAGAGACGACCGCCUGGUUCUCCAGCCAAGGUCCAGGGCAUCAGGACUCUGAGCUUCGAGCGCAGCGACUCCCCUCAGAGAGGUUUAGGUCAAACAGUCAAGCCCCCGGGAAAGAUGCCGUUGAGCAGUGGCAUCCCCAAACCUGUCACGCCUCAGCAAAAAGAACCCGAACCCAGGAGGUCUUCUUCUCCCCAGAAGCCUAAAAAUGUACGGCCAAAAAUCAUCACCUAUGUCCGGGCGAAUCCUCAAGCAAAACCACAAGUCCCAGAUGCCCCACAUGAGGCCUCUACACCCCCACUACGACCCUCUUUCCCCAGCCCGCCAGCUCAGAAAGCUCCGAAGGUUGCUCCUCAAUCUAAAUCCACAGCGGUGCUGUGUUCCUCCAACCUGCUGUUUGACAAAUACCGCCAGGAGAUGCAGAAGGCGGGCUACCAUCCUCCAGGCAUGACUGGGACUGGGGCGAAGCCUCCAAGCGGCACCAAACCUCAAAGGUUGAGUGGCAAGUCGGACAGCUCUUAUGAGGAAGUGCCAGAGAAAUAUCUCCAAGAGCCUGUUUCCCAAGAAGGCGGCAAUGUCCACCGCUCACCCAGAGCUCUGAGGCCUCAGCUGGGGUUGGGGGCGGUCACCAGGCAGCCCGCGGCCAAGACAAGGGUUCAGCAAGCAGGUCAAAGGCCAGCCCUGGUCCCAAGCCCGUCUGCUCCGGCGGCUGGAGCAUCCACACACGACGCCGCAGGAGAGCAAAGGAGGUCGGGCCCAGAACCAAGCCCUAAGAGUCUCCUGCUCAAACCAGGCCAGUCUGGUCUCCGUCCUCCAGGCUUCGCCGGCCCGCCAGCUGCCCGUCCGGGCUCCUUCGGCUUCGUCCGCAGCUCCAGCGUCUCGGCCGUGUCCAGCAACCAGUCUAACGACAGCGAUCCCUGUCGACCCUCACAGCAUCCCAGCAGUGGCAGCGAUGAAACACCUUCACACAAAGCCACAGCGACCCCCAGCGAAGCCUCCCACGGUCAGAGCCGACCGCCGCCUCCCCCCGCCCCCGGCCUCCAGCGCCGCACUCUGCCCCCGCAGCGCUCCUCCCCAAUGGCCUCCAGGAGGGAGAUGCCGAAGGACACACACGCCGUGAUGCCACCGAAGUCCUCCCCUAAAAGAUUGGCAGUGGUCUCGCCCAAGCCUCAGUCCCCGAUUCGUGGGCAGACGGCAGCGGUCCGCGGUUCCGUUCGGACGGACAGGGCCCAGGAGUUGGACCGGGCUCUGGUCCAGCAGCUGCGGGAGCGCUGCGAGCAGCAGGCGCUGCAGCUGCAGAGCCUGCAGGCCCAGCUGAAGAAGGCCUCCCUGUGCCUGGACGUCUUCAGCAUCACUACCCAGCACUUCUGUCACAAGAGUGAGAGUGCCAUUGUGAAAGAGAGGGAACUUUCCCUGGAGCUUGCCAGAAUCAGGGAUGAAGUGGCUUUCAGUGUUGCACACUGGGAGCAACUGCAGCGGGAGAAGGAGGAGGUGGAGCGUCGCUUCGAGGCCGAGCUCCAGGGACUGCGAGCGCAGCAGCGGCGGGAGCUGCGAGCGCUGGAGGAGCGGCUGAGGGCGCGGCACAGGGCCGAGACCGGGAGCCUGCGGGCCGAGCAGCGAGCCGAGCUGGAGGAGCUGCGGGCCAGACAGCAGGAUCAGAUCGAGGAGAUGAGCGAGAACCACGAGGCGUCCUUGAUGGAGAUAGAGACCACUCACAAUGACACACUGGCCACGCUGCAGGAGGAGCACGCCAGGACUGUGAAGAAUUUGAAGAUGGCGCAUGAGCAGCAGAGGAGGUCUCUGGAGGAAGAUUUCGAAAAGAUCCGGCUGUCACUGCAGGAUCAGGUGGACACGCUGACGUUCCAGAACCGCAGCCUCAGGGACCGAGCCAAGCGGUUCGAGGAGGCUCUUCGCAGGAGCACCGAUGAGCAGAUAGUGGACGCCCUGGCACCGUAUAAACACAUUGAGGAGGACCUGAAGAGUCUAAAAGAAGUUCUGGAGAUGAAGAAUCAACAAAUUCACCAGCAGGACCUGAAGAUAACAGAACUGGAGAAAAUACAGGCUGAAAAGAACGUUUACCUGGAGGAGAGAGUGCAGGUGUUGCAGCAGCAGAACGAGGACCUGAAGGAACGAAUAGACAAGAACCUCGCCGUGUCCAGACAACUCUCCGAGGAGAAUGCCAACCUGCAGGUGAACGUGGAGAAGGAGAGCAACGAGAAGAAGCGGCUGAGUCGCAACAAUGAGGAGCUGCUGUGGCGUCUCCAGACGGGCGAGCUGAGCCCUCGCAUGUCCCCCAGCUCCUCCCCCAUCCAUCGACCCGUCUCCGGACCAGGCUCCCCUGCGCGCCCACACUCCUACCACCAAUGACGCUCUGUAAGGAAGCUCUCGUAUCAAAUGCUUUCUUUUACCUGGCAUCCGAAGCCCUGGUGUUUUUAAAACUCUGAAUGUUCCUCUCAGUUAAAAGUGUGGGAUUUCACACAGUGCCGAUGGACUAAGACUAUAUAUGUGUGUUUCUUGGGAAAUGCCAAUCGCCCGUGUGAUGCAUUUCCAAAGACAAACUCCAGGAAUUUUAAUCUCUGACCUAAGUCAUUUUUAUUGAUGAUUGAGUCUCUUAUUGUUCAAGAGAGGAACUCUAUGCCCUCCUCUUUUUCUAUCCCUCACGAAUGGCCAACAAAGCAGAAGCGCUGCGAUGCUGCAGCAGCAGACGAAAAGACCUGAUCGUUGUAGACGUCAGGGAGCAGGAACAGAGUCACAGUGCCUCAUUUCCAGGUUUUCAUCUCCAUCUGCAUCUCCAGCGCUCAGGAUGACGGAUGUACGAGACAUAGCAAACAUCGAUAGGUGCAACACAGAGCCUUUGCUGUCCAGUUUCUGCCACCAGCAACGGCACAGGCAAUACUUUGAGUAAAAUCACAAAGACUACCGACAGUCGGUUCCUCUCGAAGGGUGGCUUCCUCUGUGGAGCCAUUUUUUCAUGCAGAAAUCUCUCAUGUAUCAGGAUCGUGCGAAUGACUACCAUGAGCCAUCCAGCCUCAAUCUUCUGUCCCACUUUCUCCUUAAAUAACGAAAUAUCAGCGCUGACCAGAAAUGUAUGAUUACAACAGAACAACUCAUCAAUCCAUUGAACUGCCAUAACAGUUUAGCUGUGUUAUCGAUUAUUAUUUAUUUGUUUUCUGAACUAUAAAUGUAUCGCUCUCUCUCUAAAGCAUGUUCUGUCCUCCAGUUACGAUGGACUUUAUUUUAAGGACUACCCUACAGUGCGAUGAAACGGAGUGGAAGGGCGAAGGGGC